AUGACGGACACUUCGACUGCCACCCUUGACCAGACAGGCGACGCCGCAGACAACAGCACAGUCUCACUGACUCUCCUCCUUGUUUCUGGCUCUCGAUCGACUUUUACCUUCCAGGGGACAGAGACUAUCGAGAAUGUAAAGGCCAAGGUCUUUGACAGCUGGCCCAAGGACUGGGAGGAGGAGAAGCCUGCCUCACCCCAGUCCCUAAAGAUCCUUUACCUGGGCAAGUUCCUCGCCGACUCCUCGACCCUUGAAUCCAACAAGAUCCAGUCCGGAAACACAACAAUAGUCCACCUGACCAUCAAGGCCCCUGAACAGGAGCCCCACGGCAACUCAAAGUCCGACUCUGCCGCAAAGUGCAAGUUCUGCCUCAUCCUCUAA